AUGAGAGGAAUUACUAUCUUAUUAUCCUUAGUGUUUCAUAUCUCUACAGCUUUAGCUGUUAUAAUCUCCCUGGAUACAAUUGUACAUAAUAACUAUGAAAUAUCUAGUGGUGGUGUACAAAUUUAUGAUGAUACUUAUUUGGCAAUUCUUGGUGUUACAGAAGUAUCGAUUGCGGGAGACAUCAUCAUUGAAACUGGAGGAAAUCUUUAUAUUAAUGAUCUGAUCUAUCUGGGUAGUGCAGAAUUCUCAUUAUGUAACCAACUUGGUGAUUUUACCAAUAAUGGUUCAGUUACUUUGGAAACUAUCAGUUCGUUUCUUGCUAAUUAUUUUUAUAUUUCAGCUACGAAUUCAUUUAUAAAUAAUGGAGAAAUGUUCUUAGGUUAUAGCGGCAUUACGAACGGAGGUGCAAAUUAUAUCUCAGGUUCUUCCAUAAUUAAUAAUGGUUUAAUGACAUUUUAUCAAGCUUUCUCUAAUCCUGAUUCUGUUAUAUUAGACGGUACUUUUACAAAUAAUGGUCAAAUUUGUCUUUAUAAUAAACGAUUCUAUCAAGUAUCAGAAAUCAAUGGUGUGGGUUGUAUUACAAUUCAACAACAAGGAAUCAUGGAAAUAACCAGUCCUUUGUCAUAUUUACAAGGUCAAACAUUCUUUUUGGCAGGUGAUGAAUCCAUGAUCAUUGUUUAUCCUGCAUUCGGAACCGAAACCAUCACAGUUGCAGGAUUUGGAAAUGGUAAUAUCAUAGCUCUAGAUGAUAAUCUUCAAAGCAUAAAUUAUGAUGAACUGGGAAUAUUAACCAUUUGUUCGUCUGGUCAAGGAUGUCAAGAUUUUGAUAUUGGUCAAGGUUAUAACUCUUUGGUUUUUGAAACGGAGAUUAACAAUCAAUUAGGACUGUAUGGGGUUUAUUAUCCCGAUCCACCACCAAAUCCUGGUAUACCACUUGGAUGUUCUGUUUUUACUGAAUUGCCAAUAUUUCCAAGUUCUAUCUCAACUACUUCUUCUUCUAGUAUUACUUCUUCUAGUUCUGCUUCUUCUUCUUCUUCCCCUUCAAGGUUUUCUUCAUAUUCUUCAAGAAGGUCUUCAUAUUCUUCAAGCACUUCUUCAUAUUCUUCAAGAAGGUCUUCUUCCAUAUAUUCACCGUCAUCAUCCUCCAUUGGAAUGUCACUGAAUAGUAGUUCGUCGUCAUCAGGUAGCUCGAUACUGUCUACUUCUUCUAUAUCGUCACUUUCUAAAGCCACCAAUAGCUCAUUACCGUCAAGCAGUACUUCAUUAUCCAGUUCUUCAUUAUCCAGUACGUUUGAAUCAACGAGUGCUUCAUCUACAGAAUCUUCAACUUCUCAGUCAGCAUCAACAUUGUCAAAUAUUUCUGAAACUGCUUUAUCAUCCAAUACUUUAAGUUCAAUUUCUACUGCUUCGUCUAAUCCUGGUUCUUCAUCGCUGACAUCAAAUAGUUUAUCUUUUCCAUCUUCUGCUCUAUUAUCAAAUGCAGAAACAUCUUCAAUGAUAACAUCAUCCACACAUUCCGAAUUUUCUUCAUCAACAACAUCGCUUAUAGAAUCAACUACUAGUAUAACUCCUUCUUCGGCCUCUUCUUUAAUUACUUCAACCACAACUCCUUUUUCUAUACAACCAUCCGCCAUCUCCUCAUUUAGUACAAUAACUUCCAAUACCUUAUCAUCAUUUAUAUCAUCAUUUCCACUGGUUUCAAUUCCAUCAUCAUAUGUCUCAACUUCAACUACGUCUAUAAGUUCCCAAUCAGGCUCAUUAACUAUCACCCCAUACUCCAACUCGACAAUAUCAUACCCGUCAUCUUCUCUAUUAUCAGAGACUCUUUCUAGAACUGCAUCGAUAAGCACUAGUACCGAAUACAGUAUCUCUUCCACUAGUGCUUCUACUAUAUUGAGUGAAUCAUCCAGUAGUCCUAGUUCAAUUGAAUCAAUCACCACUUCAUUAACGACAUCUUUCACAUCCAAUGAAUCAAGUGGUUCAUCUUAUUCAUCUUCAAUAUCCAUCUCAACAAGUCCACCUAUUUCUAUAAGUUCCACUAGUCCGUCUAUUACUUUUAUUUCCUCCAGUUCUAUUUCUAUAAUUUCAUCCUUUAUUGAAUCAAGCUUAUUUACUUCCGGUGUAUCUUCAGAAAGUGUACCAAUAUCGAUCUCAGGAACUACGUUAGGUUCGUCUUCCAUAGCUUCAAAUUCAAUUCCAUCAACAAAUGGUAGUAUAACUACCAGUGCUGAAUCUUCUCCAACUUCGGGAAGUGGACCAACUACUAUAUACGGCGUGUUUGAUACUUCAAUGCCUCCAUUAUCAUAUGUGGAUCUCGAUUCAUAUUACACCGCCUCAAUCCCAAUGGCUCCGGCCUUUGAUGGAAUAUUCUCAUUCAAAUUCUCUGGUAAUGCUCAACCUGGUGACAUUGCCCAUCUAGUAUUACCAAAUGUGUUUGAUAUAUUUCAGGGAACAGGUGGUAUAGUUAAAAGAGCAGAUGGAACAACAUCUUUAUCUGUUGAUGAUAUUGAUUAUGCCGAUUGUAUAGUCACCAUGGCUGGUUCUACAAAUGAUGAGACCACUGUCGACUGUACAGUCAAUAGUAAUAUACUUACCAAUCCUGACGUUAGUGGAUCCAUUACAUUACCCUUAGUAUUUAAUAUUGGUGGAUCUACUUCUCCUACCGAUAUUCAAGCUGCAAACGCUUUUGUGGCUGGCUAUCAACCAAUUAUCUUCAAUGACGGUCUUAACGAUAUUCUAACGUCAGCUAUAUUUGCUGCUGGCAGCCCAUCUCCAGGUGAUCCAACCGUCCUUGUAUAUGCUUCUAGACCUCAACCAUGGAACAACAUAGAAUCUUUCUAUGUGUUAGGUGGAAAUUGUACUUCCUCAACUGGAUCAGGUGAGAUCAGUAUUUCUGUGACUGAUGGUUCAAUCGAUUGUUCAUCAUGGUCUGCAGGUAUUACUAAUAGUCUUAAUGCAUGGUACUUCCCAACCACAUAUGAAACAUUAAGUAGUAUCACUGUUGCUUCUUGUGGCCCUUCAUUUCUCGUUCUAUCAUAUUAUGGUGUUCCAACUGGGUACAGAUUAUUUGUCAGUGUUGAUGCCGAGACAGAUGGUUCCAUCCAAGCUACCUUUAAUGAUGAUCAUUCAUGUGCAGCAUUAUCGUCUGGUUCAUCUGUCAUUGUGGGUUCUACUAUUAGUGUUAGUCCAACAGUUAUCAUCAGUACAUAUACCACUUCCACGGUAUUUAGUUCGUCAGAGAUCAUUACAAUUGUUAUUAAUGGAGUUAGUGAAACGUUGACUACUGUUUUACCAAUCACUUCUUUAGAAACUAUAACUACUAGUUUCACUGAACUUAUUCCAAUUGCUACUGAAACCACAGGUACUGAAAUCACUAAGUCAUACAUCACCACUGAAACUGUUAUUACUACCACCAUCACUACUACAUUCUGUCCAGUUGGCCAAGAGAGUUCCAUCACCGCUACUGAAGUAAUCGUAACCACCAUCGAGACUACCUACUGUCCAGAAGAAGGUGCGAAUACCAGUCCUGGUCAUCCAGUUACUACUGCUACUGCUGCGAUUACCACUGCUACUGCUGCUAUUACUACUGCUACUGCUACUGUCAUUACUCCAAGGAUUGAAACCCCAAUCGCAACUACAGUAGCUGCUGUAGAAACUCAAAAUGUUGCACCAACAACUGAAAUUGUCACUGAAACCAAAGAAGGUGAAACAAUUGUAGAAAUUACUACUGAAACAGUAGGUUCUAUUCUAACUAUUGAAUCGUUAAUUUCUAUAGAAGAAUUUACAGGUACUGAAGAGAAUACUACCCCAGUUUAUUAUGUUCAUACUACAGGGGCUAUUAUUUCCGAAGUUGGACCUAUUCCUUCAGUAGCUAUCAGUGCAGUUGCUACUAGUCCAGCCGCUUCAGUGUCCCCAGAAGUAAGUGUUAUUGAAGGAAGUGCCAAUAGAUUCCAAUAUUCGUUCACGGUAUUGCUAGCUUUAGUCAUGAUGUACAUAAUUUAA